UUCUGGCCAAACAUAAGAUGUUAUCGUACUAUUAUUAUUAUUAUUAUUAUUCGAUCUUGCGGUUUCAAAUGCAGAUGCAGUAAUCAUCUGUCGGUUCAACACUUGUUUCUGCAGGCACUGAUAUCUUGGCCUUCUUGUAUCACAGACCGAGUCACAAGAACAAUUCAUGACCAGUGUGAUGGGCUAUAGCAGUGCAAGGGCGAGAUUCGGAAGAGUAGGAGACGAAUCCUUUUUGGAAGAAAUCCCAAGAAUUCAGGAAGGCGAGAUAUCAAAUGAGGACGCUGCGUGCCAUGACUUGGGCUCAAAAACUACCAGACUAAAGAUUGGAAAAUCCUUGAAAGUGAAGGUUUUGCGCAGAGUAUUCUCCGAGGACUAUGAUAGGGUGAAGAGCAAUAUCUUCGAUCCGAGAGGCCAAACCAUUCAAUGGUGGAACAGAAUCUUUUUUAUGGCUUGCUUGGUGUCCCUAUUUGUGGACCCCCUUUUCUUCUUAGUGCCAUCUAUUGACAGCAACAGAAUGUGCUUAGAAGAUGCAUCGGCCCUCAAGAUUUUCAUAACGAUCAUAAGAUCGGUGGUUGAUGCCUUCUACACAGCUCAGAUUUUCGUGCGGUUCAAAACAGCUUAUGUCGCACCCUCGUCCCGGGUUUUCGGGAGGGGAGAACUGGUUAUAGACUCGAAAAAGAUCGCGUUAAGGUACUUGUCCAGAGGCUUUUGGAUCGAUCUCUUUGCGGCAAUCCCCCUUCCUCAGCUGUUAAUUUGGGCGAUAAUUCCUAACCUUGCGGGCUCAAUGACGGCUCAAAGGAAGAACCACAUCCUGUUCAUUAUCUUCUUCCAGUACCUGCCAAGGUUCUAUCUUAUACUUCCACUCCGGUCGGAGAUCAUUGAUGCUAGCGGCGGAAUAACAGAGACCGCAUGGGCAGGGGCUGCAUACAACUUGAUGCUCUUCAUGUUGGCAAGCCAUGUUGCUGGAGCUUGCUGGUAUCUGCUAGCGAUGGAGCGACAAGAGUUUUGCUGGAGAAGUGUCUGUGAUCAGGAAAAACCGCUGUGCAGGUACAGUUUCUUCCAUUGUCGCCAUGUUCAAGACCCAGGAAGGGAUGCCUGGUAUAAUUUGACCAACUUAACAAAUCUGUGUAACCCCAACAAUGCUGACACUCCGAUUCAAUGGGGUGUGUACUCUAAUUUUGUGACUGAAUUGGUCGCGAGCUGCAAAUUCUUCAGCAAGUACUUCUUCUGUUUCUGGUGGGGUCUGAACAACUUGAGCGAUAUAGGGCAAAACCUUGUGCCAGCCACUUAUAUUGGAGACGAACUUUUCGUUAUCGUGGUUGCGACUAUUGGACUAGUUUUGUUAGCACUGCUCAUUGGAAAUAUGCAACGAUACGUCCAAUCUACGAGCAUCCGGUUAGAGCAAUGGAGGAUCAAGAGAAUAGGCACAGAACAGUGGAUGCAUCAUAGACUUCUACCUCCAGAGCUGCGACAAUCUAUUCAGAAGUAUGACCAAUAUAAGUGGGUGACAACUCGAGGUGUUGAUGAAGAAGCCCUUCUCCGAGACCUCCCAAAGGACCUGCGCAGAGAGAUCAAUCGCCAUAUCUGCUUUGAUCUAGUUCGACGUGUGCCACUGUUCAAUCAAAUGGAUGAGAGGACGCUAGAUGCGAUAUGCGAGAGGCUGAAGCCCAUCUUGUGCACACAAGACAUGUUCUUAGUAUGCCAAGGUGAUCCAAUUCGAGACAUGUUCUUCAUAGUCCGGGGCCACCUCAAUUCCUGGGCGACCAACGGGGGCGGCACAGGUAUUAACUCAUGCUGUCUGGGGCCCAGUGACUUCUGUGGUGAGGAACUCCUAACAUGGGCCCUGGACCCGCGGCGAAGUAUCGUCCUGCCCUCGUCCACGCGCACAGUCAAGGCAGUGAAAGAAGUGGAAGCAUUCUCUCUUGCAGCUGAGGACUUAAAGUUCGUGGCAAUGCAAUUCAGAAGCCUACAUAGCAAAAAACUGAGGCACAAGUUCAGGUUCUACUCGCACCAGUGGCGCACAUGGGCUGCAAGUUUCAUUCAAUCCGCAUGGCGCCGUCAUAAGAAGUUGAAGGAGGAAACCAAGUCGAGUGAACCCAUGGCUGGUCUGGCGGGUUCAAAUGGGAAAUUGAAACCUUCGAGGUCAUUCUGGGAUGUAUAUGCAAAGGAGCUGAUAGAGAGCACCAGAAGGGAUGAGAAUAAUCAAGCUGGGUCGGCUUCUGAUGCGGUGAAUACAGUGCAAAAGCCAGUGGACCUGGAUUUUUCGGUAGAUUACUAGGAAUGUUGACAGCAAUACUACCAUAAUCAGACUAGGAUUCACCUUGAAGCCUUGCGCUUUCUGUACUGUACAUUGGUGUACAAUUUUAUGUAUACACUGUUGUUGCUCUUACUAGAACAUUAUGAAAUGCAUCAGAAUCAACAUAGACAUAUCACAUGUGCAGAUUCAGAUUUAAGACUGACAAUUUUGG